AUGAAUGCACCAAGUUUAAAAAAGUCAUCAUUCAGAAAAAAAUGGGUUUUGGCAGUUUUUCCCGAGUCCAAGGACUAUAGUGUUAUACCUACCAAUUGGCUAGUAGACAAGGAGAAAUUAGCCGAAGGUGCUGUUAAGUUUUGUCGAUGGCCACUCACCAGAGUAACUAGCAAUGAGUUAAAGGAUGCGGUUGAUCCAGAACCGUUAUGGGAAACAUACCGUGUAAAGAUAGUUGGCCGUAGUAAAACAUAUGAUAAUUUUGGUAAAGCAUGGCACCAAAAAUUUAUUGAAGAGUCGUCAGCUACGGAAAAUGAAGAAAUGGAUAUUACAAAAAAAAACAAAAAAAAAGCAACGAUAGUGAUUCAGAUGAGAGUGAUAAUGAAGGUAAAUGGUUACUAUAUUGAGGAAAAGUCUAAGAGUCUAUGUGUUGACUUACAAACAGAAAACACAUGCCCAUCUAUAUAUAAUAUGCUACCACCAAUGCUACCAUCAAACAUUCCCUCACAAAUUGAUGAUUAUUCUGGAAAUGUCGAGGAAAAUGUAGAGGCAACUACAUCAAUGACCCAUUUAAACACUGCUGUUUCAGAAUUACAGCCUAGUAUAAAUACCAGUCACUUCCCCAUGACUACAAGUUCUUAUACUCAUGGUUUUGAUGAUUUAAACCCAAAGUUAAUUGAAGUUCUGAAUAACUUAUACAGAGAAAAUAUUGCUACUAAUCUUAUGCUCAAUCGUGUGAUGGUAAAAGUUGAAGGAAUUGAAGCGAAUCUUAAAAAUAAAAACCUGAAUACUGAUUCUACAAUAUAUCUAGAUACUGAGUUUUUAACACUAUUCCCAAUUAAUAGUAAUAAUGGAUUCAAUCUGAUAGAGAAUCAAAUACAAAACUCUUCAGAUUUUGUUUCAAAAUUGGAAUCAUUUUUAAAGUCAGUUGGAGGUACUAAUCCAAAAAACCAUUUAAAUAGAGUUUUGGCUAAAGUUUUCACCAAUGAAUUUGGCAUCAAGUGUUCUUGGACAGGACGUGGGCAGAAAAUUGAAAUGAAAAUUGGAGACUCUCAUUUAAUUAAAAUCAUUAAAAAAGUCAUCAAAGAUGUUUCAACAAGCUUGUUUACAGAAUCUGACUUUGACAAGACAGUAUCAGAUUGGCUAAGACAUGCCAAUACUCGACAUAAUAGAACACUAAACAUUUGA